AUGGUUUUGUUGCAUCAUCUCCAUCCUCGAGUCUCGAUCGCCGUAUGGCCAGCUUACAAUCCUCGCCGGAAAAGCCUCCAGGAUGUGCUUUUGAGCAUGAGAUUUGGAUUAACGCGAGAUCUCUCUCUAAAGCGGUCCUUGGGCAAGUACUAUUCCGUAUCUCGACAACAACAGCUCACGUCGCCGAUCUCCAUGGCCACCAAGAGCGAGAAUCUCGUGGAAACUUCGACGGAGGAGAAAGGUAAGGUAGAUGAGGAUAAGGAGGAAGAGAUCUCACUCCCUCCGCCGCCGGAGAAACCAGAGGCUGGAGAUUGUUGCGGUAGCGGCUGCGUACGGUGCGUUUGGGAUGUGUAUUAUGAGGAGCUCGAAGAAUACAACAAGCUUUCUAAACCCAGUUAGAAUGAUUCUCUUUCUUUUCGUCAAAAAAUAAUUUAACAGUUGAUUGUUUUUGUGAAUGUUCAUUCUUUGAGAAGUCGAAGAUGCUCUGUUUAUGUUGAAACAUGUUGGAUCAUUAUAUGUAUAUAACAAAUAGUUGAUGCU